AUGAGUAUGUAUCUGAAUCAAUUCUUCCAUGGCUUCGCAACGACCCCUCUCAACACAGCCUCGGAGUAUCUCUCCCACGCUUGGUUUGCUCCUAUAGAUGGUAUGCAUCCUGCACCUGAUGAUCCAAGUUUUCGAGGCUACUCGGCCCGGUCCCAAGUCCGGGAAUGGGUAUUUCAGCAUGGCCUUAAAGGUGGCGCUCAGGCACCCAUUGGCGCGAGGGUUGACUUCUUUCCCUCAGAGUUGUCUGGAGUCGCUUCGGCGAUGAAGAAUGAGGGGUUUCUGCCCAACAACAAGGCCAAGACUCACGCCAAGAUUGCCAAACGCUCUUUCCGUAGAGCUCUUACCAGAGCGGCAAGAGAUGGUUCUGCCUGGUAUCGUGGAAGGUACAUAAGUGUCAAACGCGAGUUUGUGCCUCUUCAACCCAAGCCAGCCGUCACCGAGAGCCGCGGCAAGCGAUUGGACAUGUUCACAUGGAACUGCAGCGGUUUCAGCAGUGAGCUGAAGGCCGAAUUACUGUUAUGGCUCAAGUCACAGCAUCACGUCAACGCAUUCCUUCUUCAAGAGACUCACUGGAGUUUCACCAGUGAAUGGAAACAGGAUGGCUGGUACUUCUUUCACUCUGCUUCUCCUAAAGCGCGACAAGGUGGCGUUCUGACCGCCAUUCGCGCGGCGGCCGUGCACGAAGACGGUCUCUCAUGGAAGGAAGUCAUCCCUGGAAGACUUAUGCAGGUCCGUUGCCAUUUUGGCACACAACAGACAGACGUACUGAAUCUCUAUCAACAUGCAUGGAGUCCCAAAACAGCUGAGCAAACUCAGGAGCUGGUCAGACACAGAGCUCAACUGUGGCGCAGCCUGGACGACCUGCUAGAAUCUCUGCCUUUGCGCUCGACGCUCCUUCUGGGCGGUGAUUUCAACACUGUGCUGGAGGCUCGUAGUGGCGUAGCUGGGCAUGGCAUUUAUGCCGGGAAUCAACUUGCUGUAUACAAGAAAGAUCGUGCUCACAUUAUGGAUGUGCUACAUAGGCAUCGUCUCACCGUGCUCAACACAUGGACAAGGAAGGCUUACACCUACAAACAUCCUCAGGGCAACUCACAGAUUGACUACAUCGCCACUCGUACAGUACUUGCUGACUCCAUGGCAAGACGCAGUGCGCCGAUUGUCUCCCCCUUGGCUGGCUGGAGAACGUCAGGGCAUGAGCUUGUUCAUGCUUCAGUGCCUCUUCGAUGGCGCCCUUGGGCUCAACAUUCUCCGCCUAAACCUGCGGCUUGGCAUAGUGUGUUACCUGCUUCUGUGGAACAGGCUGCUUCCCUUGAAGACCUGCAAGGCUGCUUGUUAAGAGAUCAUAAUGUUGUUGCCCCUAAGCCUGCUCCCCCUGAACCCCUGAACAUUGAUGGCACCAUCAUUCGCUUCUGGGAUUUGCGUAGGCAACUUGACUCUCUGCCGGCCCUUCCUGUGGUUGACGCGGUUCGUAGAUUGCAGUGUUGCUUUGCACGCAUGAAGAUGCACAUGGUGCUAGAGCGUCAACAUCGUGAGCUCCGACGCGCUUCUCGUCAGCGCAAGCGCCAACGCACUCUUGACACAUUGCAGCAGGCCGAGGAAGCGGCCAGCAUGGGCAACUCGCGUAGACUGUAUCAGCUUGUUAGGCAGCUUGCUCCCAAAACUGCCUUCAAAAGGAUUCGAUUCAGGGAUGAUUGCGGUGGUUUGGUGUCUAAGGAGCAAGAAUGCCAGAUGAUGGUACAUCAUGCAAACACGCUGUUCCAGGGAUCUGUAGAUUUCUGCAUUCCUGACCUUGACCCAUUGCCUGCACAUUACUUCACGGCGGACGCGUGGAGGGAUGCUCUUCUCUCUCUGAACGUUUUUCUCAAGAUGCGCUUUGCGGGACCUCGGGUUCCUCAGGUAUGGAGUCGCGUGCAGCUGGCCUGGUUGGCCAAGCCAAAUAAGACCCCGUCGUGUCCGGGGAAUCUACGAACCAUUGGAUUGAUGUCCCCUGACUCCAAAGCCUUUCUUAUCAUACUGAAGAGGCAGGCUGAGCCCUACGUUCAGGCAGGUCUUAAGUGCAUCCCUCAAUAUGCAUAUCGCGCUGGCGCCUCCACGGCGGAUGCUAUUCUCCGUGGUAGCUCUCACUGCAGACGCAUUCGCCAGGCCUUUGAUAGGUUAGAGUAUUCGGAGAUGUAUCAUGCACUCUGCGACACCGGUAUGCCGAUUUCUUUGGCCAAGACCAUUGUUACGGCCCAUUCACAGACUGUUCUGCACAUACAGCAUGGCUCCUUUAGCGGUACCUCAACCAUGUCCCGUGGAUUAAGACAGGGAUGUCCCAUUGCCCCGAUGAUAUACACGGCUUGGGUCAUUCGGCUUUGUCGUCAGCUUGACCUUCGAAUCCGCCUAAAUUGGUCAGCCAAGCACAUGAGCAUCUAUGCCGAUGACAAGCACUGCUAUUGGGAGAUCAACAGCCCCACCGCACUGUACCAGGCCAUCGCGCAACUGCGCAAGAUCCUGGACGUCCUUCGGGCGUGUGCCAUGAAGGUCAGCAUUGCAAAAUGUGUUGCAGUCUUAGCCUUAAGGGGCACCUGGGUCAAACAGGCACUCCAGAAGGUUAUCAAGUACUGGAAUGGUCAACGAUGUUUGGUUGUGCCAGGCACUCAGGAGACAGGUGACGAUUAUAUCCCAUUGGCAGAUCAGCUACCGUACCUGGGGGUCCAGCUCUCCUAUGGUGCGUUCGAGCUGCACACUGUACAGGCACGCGUGUCGAAGGCUGAUGCGAACUUCGCAUCGCUUCGUCAGGUACUCAGAACGCAUGGUCCACUCAGCUUGCGUCAGCGGCAGCGGGUGUACAAUGCCUGUGUAUUGCCUUCCCUCUUGUAUGGCUUGGUUUCCACCGGCAUCACCGCCCAGGUUCUCCAGAAAGUCACUUCGGUUCAGGCCCAGCACAUGCGCAAACUCCAUCGUGUACACGAGCAUGGUGUUACCAACGCAGAUGUUCUUGAGCGGGCUGGUUUAUCACCACGUCACAUGCUGCUUACCCGUGCCUGGAGACAGAUGCAGCUGCUGCAACAGGACUCUGGUCGCCACGACCUCCUCAAGGCGGUGGAGCUUCAGCAAGCGAUUGCCAUUCACUCAGAGGUCGAACAGCUUGCGCUCUUGGAUACGCCGAGCCUGCUUACCCCGGUCAAUCCACAACAGAUUCGUCCCCAUCCGUGUCCAGUUUGUGGCGUCAGCUUCGAUGGUACGCACAGUCUUCACAUGCACAUUCAGGCUAAACAUCCGGACCUGAACAUUGCGGCCCGCAUUUCCUUCAAUCGAGCCGAGCACUCAUUGUUUGGUCUGCCAUAUUGCAGGUUCUGCCGUGUUCGAUGUCAUGACUGGCAUGCUUUGGAAAAGCAUGCCACACAGGGGAUGUGCAUUAGGCUUAAGCAAGGCUUCGCCGAGAAGAAAUCUUUGCAGGAAAUUAUGUCUGAGGUCCAGCAAGAAGAAGCCCGCGAUCCACCUCGUCCUCCUGCUGAUCACAUCGCGCACACAGAGGCAGCGGCCUUUACUCCACACGAGAUGUUCACAGUCCCCAUUCGGAGCAUUGCGCAACAUGCAGACUCGGUGCGCAAACUUGGUGAUGUCUGUGUACUGUGUGGUCAACGGCUCCUACAAGCAUCCCGAGUCAAAACGCACUGGCAAAAGCAGCACCCUAAGGCCUGGGCUUUGGUCCAGCGUGACGCCGCAUCUACGGCGCGAAGCUUGGUGGUCCUGUUCCACUCCCCGUGCAACUUUUGCGGGAGCAUCACCAAACAACCUCGACAACAUGCUGACAAAUGCUCCGCCUUCUUUCAGGUUGCUGCGGUACGUCAUCUACUUCGUCUUGGCUGCUUGGAUCUGUCCCUCGCUGGUGGGAAGGAGCCGGCACUUAAACCGCAUGAAACUACACCUGCAUAUCAAACCUUUUCUCUUGCAAGCACGCCAAUUGGUAGGGCGUUCGCGAACAACAUUGCUCAGCCUCGGCCUACGCUUCCAGCAACUACUGCUAUGACUGUGCGCUCGGACUGCACCGCAGCGUCUUCGCAUGGCCAUGUGGGGGGCAAGGUGCCUGAUAUGUUCCGAAUGCCACAGGUACUCCACAGACCUACAUUGCCUGCGAGCGCUCCACUACCGUGGACUGGACGCCUGAUGCUCAGGAAUCCUCACACACUUUGUUACAUGAACGCCACGCUGAUUGCCAUGAUGCAUGGAUUAGUGGUGCAAUCCCAUCCCUGGGGUGGGCUGCAGUUUCUACAACCUGUCUGUCAACAAGCAGCUGAUGAGUCGCGGCCUCUUCUCCUCAGCAGUCUGCCUCGCUUUGCUCGACUCUGUCGUCGAUGGGGUUUUCAAGAUCGACAGGAGGAUGCCUCCGAGUUCAUGCUCCAUGUACUUCUUCCUGCAGGCCAGUUCAACACCAUUUGGGAUUGUCGAAAGAUUACCCCAGAUGGCCCUAGAAUUGUUGAUCAGGGUGAACUGCCCAUCGCCAUACCGCUGCUGGACAUUGCCACGGACCUACAAACUCUCAUCAUUUUUUGGUUCUCCAGCGCAGAGUUUGCUGCCAUUGCAUACACGGAUGGACUUGUGGCCCUUCAGCUCUUGCGUUUCAGACGAGGUACGAAGCUUCGCAUCCCGGUAAGAUUCGGCGACACAGUCCAACUCCCAGAAUAUGUCGAGGGCACUAACACUGUCUGGCGUACUUUUCGCAUUGUCUCCUUUGUGGUUCAUGAAGGUCCCAGCCAGCAUCACGGCCACUACCGCACCAUGCUCAAGGUCGGCACCUCAUGGGUUUAUCAAGACGACGGUCAGGUUGCUCAGGAGGAGCUGAAAUUUUUCAACAUGUAUUGGCCUAGUGGCAUGAUUGAGAGCGGGAAGGAUGGGACUGCAGACACGCCGAUCGAGCAGGAACCGGCCUCCAAAUGGCCCAAGACUGCCGAUAAAGGAGACAAAGGUGAUGGACGGUCCAGAGACACACGUGGUAAGGGCAGGUCGCAGCAGUAUGGGGGCAAACGCCAGUAUGAGCAGCGAUUCCAGCAAUCCCACUCCUCCAAAUGGGGCGAUUGGCAACAGUCGUAUGAUAAGGAAAUGCUGACCAACAUCCAGCGGCUCCUCUUGCGACAUGAAGACAUGAUGAGCCUCAUCCGGGCUGAGUAUGGGUUCGUGUUGUUCUUCCGCAUUGAUGUGCCGUGUUCGGUGGCUAAGCCGUUGUUCAUGGCGCAAAAGGAAUGGAGGGACGCCAAGGCCAACGCUCCGGACUCCUUGACCAAGCCGAUGAGAACCACUUUGAUGGCUUGCUUGAUUAAGGAGCUCACUCAGCGCAUCAUGCGCUUCAAGGAGCCGGCUCAAGAGGCCAAUCAGAGCAACCUUGCCAAGCUUGGGUGGAUCAAGCCAGUGCCGGGUGAGGACCCUACAUGGUCUUACUUGAAGUGGGAUCCUGUGAAGAAGGCACAAGUGGUCGACACUUCGCGUGAUGGCUUGCCCUAUGCCAAAGUCCUGGCUACUCUUGCUGCCAUCGACGCGCUGAUCUCCAUCCCGGACACGCUCCAGCGCUUUCAUCCGACGAGGCCGUUGACUGAGGAAAUGUCGGGUGCUGUGUUGCCUUUCUGUCUUCAGACCGGUAUGCGCACCAGUGAAGCAGACCGCCUCAACAACUACCUACGCGAGCUCUCCAAUAAUGCCUGUACGCAGCUGAUUGCCCGCAACGCAGCGCACUGGCCCAGUACAUUGCUAAGCAGCUUGGAUGAGACGGUUGCCGCGAAGCAAGAUGACGGGAUCACCAUUGCGGCGCACGAGGUGGACUGCUCCAGCUGCUGCUACGUGUGGUUGAUGUGUGCUCAGAUGCGCAUUCUGCAGUCCUUCAAGUGGGUUGCGAAGGCAUUGCUUGGUUGCGCCGUUCGGCUUGCAAUUGCAAUUGACGCUGGGUCUGAGCUUACCAGUGCCGCGCAAAUUGCUUUGAUUUUGCACUUCGCUUCAUUGCUCAUGCACUGGCCUCAGGAGGGUGACUCCGAUGUGUUCGACAUGCGGCGAUAUCUUGCUGCAGACUUCAUCUCCAUUCAUGGUGUGCAUCCUUAUUGCAUGCGGCCUGAGCGGUUCUAUCAGCUGCACGGCUUUUGCCAGGCUGCUGCCAGGGAGAUGGGCAUGUAUCCGGAGCAAGGUGAAAGCAUCAAUGAACAACCCCCAUUGCCAUAUGAGCCUGCCCCGACUCCUUGCGUCGACUUUGUGCCAGGCAAAUACCGCGUCAGCACGCGUUUCAUGCCUGAGGUUGAGCCUGUAGGUGUGACGGAACAAUUCGCCCGAGCCCUACUUCUGCAGCCGCAUGUUACCUGGACUCAAUUACAAGAUCUGUUUGACAAGCUUCCCAUUGAUAUGCCCAGCAGGGCGUGUCAGCAUCACGCGAUGGACAGUUCUCAGCAUUCAGGCGGCAUGUUCACCUUGGGUGGCUUUUCGCAUGCGUCCUUUCACGGUCUACGGCAUCACACCCGUGGGCACCCGUGGACUGCAGUCUUGUUGGCUAGCAUUGUGCGCUCUAUUCACUCUGCUCAUCGCUUUACCACAAUCAGCAUGAUCAGCAACAUCCAGUCGCUGAUGCACGCCGACUCGCACAACGAUGGUCAGGUGCGACUUGAGCCUUCAGGUCCAGUGGGCAUUGUGCAUGCCACUAAUGAUGUGCGAUGCACUGAUGUGAAAUUGCACAUUGCUCUGCAGUCCCGGAUGCACGGCCAAGCAGUGCAGCCAGGACUGGCAUGCCUCGUUUGGGGCGACUUCAUAGUGCCGCCUCACCGGGCCGGGCACGAUCUGCCAGUGCUGCACGACAGGGGGCAAGGCCUCAAAGUGCCGCCCGUGGGUCCACCUGGCCUGUGGCUUCGCAUGGCCGGUGCUGAUGUCAAGGGCAGAGUCAAAAAGCCAAAACUGGACAAAGACAUGGCCAAGCUCAAGGACCUCUUCGCAUUUUGCGAGGAUGCAAAUUUUCGAGAGGUGCGGGCCAUGGUUUCUCACUAUCCAUAUCUGUUGGGCUUGACCGAUGCGCACGGGUUCUCGGCAUUACACCAUUCAGUCAUGUCCGGGGAGCCCUCCUUCAUCGCGAAGGUGUUGCAGUUGUACCGAGAUCCGAAGACGUUCUCCAUAAAGAAUCUUGUGUACGACACCGAGGAGGAAAUGGUGCGAGACGUAGAGAUGGGAGUUGAGGUUGUUGGCAGAAAGUCCGAGAGUCACGUCGAGGCCACAGUGGUGACGAUUGGAAGGGGAAGCAAAGCAGAAGAGGCCGGCCUGAUGCCUGGCGACCGACUCGAGGCUUGCAGCGGGACCGGCUUCCUUAGUUAUCGGCAACCGCCACCACUGUCGACAGAUAUUCUGGAAGCGCUGAGGAGCAAGAAUAUCUCCACCAGUUUCGGGUUUCCUGUGACUCUGGAGUUCAGAGGGAAUGCUGCCGUUGAGAUUCUAGCUAAAGAUGGCUGGGCUCCAACUCAUGGUGCGGCAGGCAGAGGCGCACACGGAGACAAGCAGAUUUUAUGGCAGCUCCUGAACGAGGAGGACAAAGCCAGCCUGGUGCAAGACAUGACGGGAUGUACACCCGGACACUGGGCUCAAAUCGAGAAGCAGAUGAGGCAGCGGGCCAAUCGUCGUCCUUUGAGCGCCGGGCCUUGCGGGUGUGGCUGGAAACGCCGCCCAGCAAAGAAGGCAUCUUUGCGACCGGUUUCAAAGCUCGUCAUGGCACCGUCAUCUGCGGAUGCUGAAGAGAUCGUUCGCUCAGCGCCUCGUUUAUCUGCGGCACCAGCGCCUUGUGUGAGUCGACCUGUGUCUCCGGCUUCCCCGGUGGCAACACCGAACGCAACCGGAACCGCCACCAAUGGAACAGCCAGCAUCGGAGCGACUGCAAAGGACCUGGCCAAGAUGAUGCAGCAGAGCAGUAACAAGCCAGGUCAUGUCGAUCUGUAG